AUGCUACAGUUGAUUGUCCUAGCCGCCAUCCUUCAGGCGAGUCUCUCCAUAGAAAUGACAUUUACACUUCAAGAACAUGAAGUUCAAUGCUUCCACGAGAUCAUCCCUAAAGACAAGAAGUUUUCCCUUGAAUAUCAGGUAAUUUCUGGAGGUCACUUUGACAUUGACUGCAACAUGAUGUCCCCCAACAGCAAGACCUUGUACAAGGAACAGCGCAAGCAGUACGACACAUUUCAUCAUAAAACGGUGGAAGCUGGAGAGUAUACAUUCUGUUUCAGUAACGAGUUCUCUACCUUCGCCCAUAAGACUGUUUACUUUGACCUGGAUCUGGGUGACGAAUCUACGGAUAUUGGUGCUGAUGAUGAGUCCGGAGAGGGGGCUCACGCCACAGCGCUGACCCAGCUUGAGUCUUCCGCUUACACCAUUCACGAGUCACUCCGUCUUGUGGUGGAUUAUCAAAAUCACCACAGACUAAAAGAGCGAAUAGGAAGGGAGAUAGCAGAGUAUUUGUGUGAGCGAGUUCAAAAUUGGUCUGUCGGGCAAACUGUUCUAAUCGUGAUUGUGGCAUUCGGCCAAGUAUACAUGCUUCGUAAACUAUUUGACAAGCCAGUCGCAAGGGGUGGUAAAGUUGGAAUCUGAUUUCUAGUAACAUGAUCAUGAGACACGUUAAUUUGUCAUGAAUAUUUAGUAUUAGUUUGUCUAAAUCAUUUAUUUGUUUACCUUUCGUACAGCUUAUAGUAAUAUUUUUCGAUUCAUUUGCUCUUAUUUCAUUCUGCUCUGGCUGAGAAAAAAAUAAUAAUUUAAUUAACUCACAUUUUUAUUUUGUGUAUAUUUGAUGGUGGGAGCUCACAUUGUUUCCCGAGCUGAGAGUUUGAAAUAUUAUAACACUAUUCUAGUAGCAGAGUGUACACUACACGCGAAUAAUCAGUUUCGUAAUUUUAUUGUGUACCUGACUAUUAAAGUUUAAAACAUUAAAUUACACUUAAUGC